ACAGAUAAGAAGAAAACCUCAACCUGAAGCUCACUGUCUGCUCCCAGUCACUGCAGGACACAUUUCAUUAUGCAAGCAGUCAACCCGAGGGUGUGUGGGCUUGUGCGUGUGUGUGCAGGUGUAAUUCUGCUGCUCAUUCUUGCUGGUGUGUGUUCGUGGACGGUCGGCUCUCCUGGAUUACAGACCUUAAAUCCCGACAGAUCCUCAUCAGUUCAGAAGUCAGCGGGUACAACUCGUUAGUCCAGCAGUUUGCUGUACUCGUGUGUUGGAAGGGGGAUUUCACUGCCGAGGGACUUUUGGUCCCCCCAGUUUUCUCGUUGAUCUGGGAGAUUUGAGCCAGGCUUGAUGGACGGACCUCUCACUUCUAAUUUGGAUCAACAACUUUUAAUUGGGGCUCUGCUUUUCUUGUGUAACUUAAUCCGUGCUCAAAGAAGAGAAGAACUCCACAUGGCAGUACUGCCACUUUAAUUAAAUGUGCUGUUUUUUCCCCCCAUUUAUUUCCUUGUUUGAAUCUUAUUGAAGAUCAUAAAGUUAUUCUCAGAGAACAUUCCUUAUUUUGCUUAUUUAUUCAUGUAAUUAUGAAGUAGAACAAAAUUAAGAAUGCAUUAAUUUUUUUUUACACUCCAUUGUUGAGCAGGAGAACUAACAAAGGUCAAAGUGAAACCAGGAUGUGAGCUCACAAACUGUGUUCAGGGAGCGCCGCGAUGAAUAAGCUACGGCAGAGCUUCCGGCGCAAGAAAGACAUCUAUGUGCCGGAGUCGAGCCGGCCUCACCAGUGGCAGACGGAUGAGGAGGCGGUCCGCAGCGGCAGAUGCAGCUUCGCAGUCAAGUACUUGGGACAUGUGGAAGUGGAGGAAUCGAGAGGCAUGCACAUCUGUGAGGACGCAGUGAAGCGGCUUAAGACGGACAAGAAAUUCUUCAAAGGAUUCUUUGUGAAAGCUGGGAAGAAGGCAGUGCGAGCUGUGUUGUGGGUGUCGGCUGAUGGUCUUCGGGUUGUUGAUGACAAAACAAAGGACCUGAUCCUGGAUCAGACGAUAGAGAAGGUUUCGUUCUGCGCUCCUGACAGGAACUUUGAGAGGGCGUUCUCUUACAUCUGCAGGGACGGCACCACGCGACGCUGGAUCUGCCACUGUUUCAUGGCCAUUAAAGACUCAGGAGAGCGGCUCAGCCACGCUGUGGGCUGUGCGUUUGCCGCUUGUCUGGAGCGAAAACAGAAGCGGGAGAAGGAGUGCGGCGUCACGGCAACCUUUGAUGCUAACAGAACCACUUUUACUCGGGAAGGCUCAUUUCGUGUUACCACAGCAACGGAGGCUGCAGAGAGGGAAGAAGUCAUGAGACAAUUGCAGGAUGCUAAGAAAGCAGAGACAGACGUGAAUGUUGUCGGGAACUCUGCCAACAGUGUGACAAACUCCUCGGUGCUCCAGUCAGGAAGCUCCCCGUCCCCCUCGUCCUCUCCGCCUCUCUCCGUAGGCACGCUGGGGCCUCAGGUGAUACCCCGCAGACACGCGCCGGCCGAGGCCCUCGCCCGCCAGGGCUCCUUCAGGGGCUUUCCGGCCCUCAGCCAGAAGACCUCCCCCUUCAAACGACAGCUAUCCCUGCGCAUGAACGAGCUGCCCUCCACCAUGCAGCGAAAAUCUGACUUCCCUAUUAAAAACACAGUCCCUGAGGUGGAAGGAGAAAACGACAGCAUCAGUUCGCUGUGCACACAGAUCGCCACGGCGUUCAGCGGGCCCCCUGAGGACCCCUUCUCUUCUGCUCCGAUGCCCAAACCGGCAUCCUCUCCUCAGUCCCCUGUGGCACCAGUGAAUGGCACCAUGCCUGCCUUCUCCAUUGCUGCCACUGCCACUGCUGCUGCCUCCAAUCCCGCCGUCCUGCACCCCGCUCUGCCUACACGAGAGACUAACCCCUGGGCCGCAAACCCAGCGGGGCCCGCCGCUCCAGUCCUCCCAGGAGGAGACUGGACAUCAGCGACACCAGCGAUGGUUGCCCCUCCCACUGCCUCUCCAGCCAUGUCCGCCCACAAACGCACGCCAUCAGAAGCCGACCGCUGGUUGGAAGAAGUCACCAAAUCAGUCCGCGCGCCGCAGUCUAAACCACUCGCAGCGGGAGGCACGCCUCCCCCACAGCCAUUCGCUGCCCCGGUGCAUAUGCCCGUGGCUCCAGUCCCCGUCGUUCCCGCAGUGCCCUUUAUGCCUUCCCUGGCCCCUUCCGUCCCCAUGGUGCCCCCCCGCCAAACUGCUUUCCACCCCCCAGCGGCGGCCUCUUACCCGGUGUCCAACGGUCUGCCGUUCCCCCAGUCCAGUGUUCCCGUGUUUGGCAUAACUCCCUCGCAGAUGGUGGCCAACGUGUUCGGCUCCGCCACCCAACCGCAGCCGUUUCCCAUCCCGGCCGCCGCCACCAUGCCACAGACUGGUGACGCUCAGGUCUUCAAUAACGUCUCACCGUACGUCAAACCCCCGGCGCCCACCGAGGUUCACAUCCAGCCCCCAAACGGCAGGGCCGCCUUCAACGGCCCCGAAGGCUGGGCGGCCUCGUCUUCCCAGUAUGGCCAGCCUGCACCGGCACAGCAAGAAGACGCGUUCGAAGCCCAGUGGGCGGCGCUGGAGAACCGCCCGCACCAGCGCACCACCCCGUCCCCCACAAACCCCUUCUCCACCGAGCUGCACAAGACUUUUGAGAUCCAACUGUGAUCGCAGUGCCAUCAGAAAGCACCGGGUAGCUGGGGGCGGACUCGACGGAGUCGCCCCGCCCUUUCCCGCUGGCGUUUUAUUGGACACCCACUGCAGGGGUGGUCGGAGCGAAAAAGCAAAACAAACCCCGUGCAGCGUCAAGGGGGAAAAAAAAAAAAAGUAAAACAAAACAGGUUGUUGUGAAGACAUUCACGGCUCCUCAGGCAUUUCCUUUGUAUUGUUUUGUUUGUGCUUGUGGAGCGCAAGGUUAUCAUUACCCUGUGGAGCGCCACUCCCUUUUGCCAGCUAGCUUCGCUCACCGAGGCCCUCUGCUGGCGGGCGAGAGACGCAGCACUGAGAGAACUCAACUUCCAGAUGAGAAGACGAGAGCCAGACAAUGCCAAAAUCUUUAUUUUUAUGCAUCAAGUAUAUUUGAAAUAGCUUUGGAAUCUAACAGAAAAGUUGUAAGUAAUCUUGCCAAAGGCACGGGAUAGUUACAAUGUUCAUGUACACAAGAAAAGAUCAUGUAUAUUAUACAUAAAUAUAUAUAUAUAUAUAUCUAAAGAAUCUAUACUGUACACAGAGCUCACAGCAGUGCAAAUUUUUAAUGUGAUGUAAAGAGAUUUUUUUUGUGGAGGGAUAGCUGCUUUUUUGAGUGUACAUUUUUUCCCCCUAAUUUUUAACAAAAAAUCUUGAUGCUGUUUGUUGCAUCGUCUAACUGAAUGGGGAAAAAAAAAA